AUGCCAUCCGUCGCCGAGGAGCAUCCACGGCUGAUGGCGAUGGCGUCCGGCAGGAAGCGCAGACGAGACGUCAACGACGCCAACACCAACGACCUGCAGUUGCCAGGUCCCCUGUACGAGAAACUCGCCCAGUAUCAGGCCGCAACGAACAACUGGAACGCUGACGGCGUUUUUGGAGGCAGGCCCAUUCAGCAGCAGAUUCAACAGCAGCAACAACAGCAGCACCUGGGAGGCAAUGCCCUUCGCUUCCCUUCCAGUAAUAAUGACCGGUUGAGAUAUCAAUUUGGCUUCUCCGACGAUAUCGCUGCCUCCGCCGAAGCCUCACGCCAGAACAUCGACUCGGCGCCUCGUAAAAUAGCGCCACUCCCUGUACCCAAACGACAACGCAUGUUCGACGACGAUAACGACAAUGAUGCGGAUCUCGGUAGCUCGAAUGGUGGUUCUACGUCACAGUAUGACCCGCAGCAAAGACGGGGUAGCAAGUCGUCGACGGGAUCUCAUCAUACCUCUCAUUCGGCACAGAACCAUGCGGAUGCAGCUGGUAACAGAACUAAGACGCCCUCAUCCUUGGCUCCCUGUCACAUCUGCCACCGCCGCCCUACGAAGAAAUCAGACCUCGAUUCGUUUGCAGAUUGCCAGGGUUGUGGACAACGAUCAUGCUAUAUCUGCGUCAGAGAGUGCCAGGGCUGGGAGAAGGACGGACGGCCGAGUAGCAACGGCGGCAUGAACAGUAUGCAACAAGGCCAAGAGCAAGACGGAGUCGACCUCUCACGGUCGUGUACUAUGGACGACGUGGAUGACGACAGGCAACGACAAUCAAGAGAAGACGAAGAGUCAAAGAGGACUGGCCGAGCCACUCGACACAACAGCUGGACGGGAGGCGGUCAUCGGCAGAUGGUCUGCAGUCGCUGCUGUAUCGAGAAGGGCGCCGAGGGCGACAUCGUUUGCCUGGGCUGCCUAUCACGCAUGGUGUCAGUCUAG